UUGUGAAAAAGGCUGUGUAAUUGUUAAUGUUUCUGGCAGAUUGAAAUAUUACUGAAAGAUAUUUAUAAAAAAAGAAAUAAAUUAUUUUAAAAAUAAAUUGAAAAUGGAAAAAAGUGCUUUUUUGUGUAUUUGUGUUUCAUAUAUAUUAGUCCUUUUUAUUAUUCCAGGUGAAGCAAAUCAUCAUAGUUACAAUGGAGACAACAAUUUAAUGCAACAACAAGGACAUCAUGCACGACACGAACAUCAUUCUGGCGGCCUAACACAUAGCAGUAAUAGUUUACAUAAUAAUGGAAUUGUUUGUUAUACAUGUAAUAGUGCAUUCGAUCCACGAUGUGGUGAUCCAUUUGAUCCAUAUUCGUUAGGAACUGUUAAUUGUUCAAUGCGUCCAUCACCUGAACAUUUAAAGAAAAUACCACCAACAUUAUGCCGAAAAACAGUGCAAAAAGUCUAUGGAAAAAUACGCAUAAUCCGAGGCUGUGGAUAUUUAACAGACGAGGAACGUGACGAUAAAGCAUGUGCAAGAAGAUCCGGUACACAUGAUGUUCAAGUUUACUAUUGCUCAUGCACAGGAUCAUUAUGUAAUCAAUCAUCUGUAUUACAAUCACAAUUAAAUAUGAUCACAUUAAUUGGUAUAUUUUUAACAAUCUAUUACACGAGCACUAAACAAUUACAAUGUAUAUUACUAUGAAUGUUUACCAUAUAAAAAUAUCAUCAUUUCGUAGUAAAAAAA